AUGGUAGUUUGUCAAGGCAACGCUGACCCGGACGUGACGCCGCGGGCUUCGCGCACGAACCAGAGGUGCCUUCAGCCGAAGGCCGACGCCGCGGGCGUGACUACGCAGCAGCUCGGCUCGCCGGUGGAGAAGAAGCCCGCAUUUCGGCAGACACAGCCGACGCUUAGGCACGGAAAUGGCGCCAAAGAGUAG